AUGCAGUGGUGUCAACAAUUAAAGGAAAAAAUUCCAAUACAGUAUUUAAAACCCAGCAAAGACGUGGUUGAAAUAGGAAAAAACGCCAAAUUUUACUUACCGUUAGACUGCAUGGAGAGAAUUCAAGACGAGGCACAACAAGAUUGGCGAAAAUUUAUACGCGAAACGCUAGAUGAAGUGUACGGAGAAAAUAUUUGUAACUUUUCAGCAAAAGGGAAAAAAAAACAAUCACGCCCAGCAAUCGAUCACAACCUAAUACUUUACUUUAUUCAAUUCGGCUUGGAGAACACCGAAAAACGACCUGGUGCACGUCAUACAGCCUGUCUAGGAGAACAACCUCCAAACAUUGGUCAACAGUUCAUUUUUGUGCCUAAAAAUUCUCCUUUUCUGUGGAAGGAGGCUUGGAAAUACCCUAAAACGACCUGGUGCACGGCACACGGCUCGUCUGCUAGAAUAAUCUCCAAGCGUUUGUUAAACUUUUUAUUUUUUGACAAAAAAAUACUUUAUUUUACUCAAAUUGGCUUAGAGAACUUCGAGAAACGACCUGGUGCACGUCAUACAGCUCGUCUACAAGAACAACCUCCAAGCAUUGGUCAAAAGUUCAUUUUUGUGCCUGAAAAUUCUCAUAUUUUAUGUACGGAGGUUUGGAAAUACCCUGCGAUGACCUGGUGCACGUCGAACAGCUCGUCUUCGAGAAAAUCCUCCAAGCGUUUGUUAAAAGUUCAUUUUUUUGACAAAAAAUCCUUCAUUUUACACUAUUUGGCUUGGAGAACACCGAGAGAGGACCUGGUGUACGUCCUACAGCCCGCCUACGAGAAAAAUCUCCCAGCAUUGAGGGAGUUGGUUGAAAUAUGUUUCGUAAAUAAUUCGAAUCCAGUGGUGAUCUCCGAGGAUCUACUUGACAACAAUUGGGACCCAGGCGGAAAUCCAUUGAUUGUGAUUGACCGUAAAUUCGACAAACAGAUCACAGGUUUUCUUCCUACGUACCCAAUGUACGUGCUUGUGUUUAAAUCAAUUGAUGAGCUAAAGGUCGUCAUCAAUAAUCUCCAAAAGUCAACGUUCUGGAACAUUAAAUCGCCUUUUCUGAUCGUCGAAACCAACUCACAUUGCCUUAGUACUAAAACAAUUUUGAAGUUCAUGUGGAAGCGGAAUUUAAUGGCUGUUUAUCAUUUGUGCUACCAAAAAAAUUCGACGGUUGUCUUCACGCUGAAUCCCUUUGCAAGCUACGCACCGGCACCGUGGGAACUGAUUGCCGAAUUUGAUGAUGACGACGGCAAGAAAAUGACACUCUACAGGCUACAAUACACAAAAGAUCCCGAGGUUUGUAAAAGUAUAAUAUUUGAUAAAACGGAUCAUUUAGACAAUGCGGAGGUUAAAACUUCUAAAUUUACUACCUUAGAAAAUGUUUUCAUCAAUGAAACGUUUAAAAGACUAUAUAGUGACGAGAUCAUUCAUAGUAAAUUGAAAAGUAAAUAUAUGACAUUACAUCAGCUAUCACUUCUCAUGAAUAUCACGUCAACAAUCGACUUAAUUCCGAAUGUGAAGAUCCAAGAAUUAUUGAAGCAAGGUUACGUUAAAGAAUUAGCUGAUGAAAUUUAUGAUAUUCAUGAUCAGAUACUUCCGAUAGAAGCAACUAAAUACAAGUACGUGGAUGUUAUGGCGUAUUAUCAUGAAAUGAGGUUCUCAAUCUUGACCAAGAAGACUAAUUUUUUAACAGUAUUCAACGAUGUAACUAACGAUGUCCGGUUCGUGGUUGGGACAAUUGUGCUGUUCAUCAUGUUUACGAUUGUAAUGUUUAUUAUCAACAAAGAUAAUGUAUGUCUGGCUAUGAUGGACGUUGUGAGGUUAGUUCUCAGUAUGACACUUGAAACUCCGCUUAAUCGAUUGGUGAUGAAGUUCAUAUUAUUUUUCGGAUUCCUUUUUGCGUUUCUGAUAGUUCCCGAUUUUCAAGGACACGUAUCCGCCAUUUUGUCUAAGCCCCUGGGGCGCAACGUUGAGACUCUAAAGGAUUUGUUUGAGAAUAAGUUUCAUGUGUACUAUUACGACCGAUUAGAAUACGAUAUAAUCAAUGAACAAUUGUGGGUCAGUGAUGAGGACAAAAAGUAUCUUCAUCCACUACCAGAAAACGAAAUGAUAGACUGCAUAAAAGCUGUGCCACAAAAUUCGACGAUAGCCUGCAUUUUUAGAACUAAAGCCUCAGUAGGUGAGGCUUCGGAGUUAAAACACUUGCAUGUGUCAAAAAAAAACGUCUUCAAAAAACUUAUGGUUUAUUGGGCCAGGAAGAACUGGCCCUUAAAAAAUAAGUUUGAAGAGAUCGCUCGGGUUACUGCGGAAUUAGGAUUUAGUCGAUACAUCAAAUUGGAUAACAGUUUAAAAAAGAAGCAGAGGGAACUGAAGAAGAAGAAACAAAAGGAUGAAAGUAGAGAGUACAAGCAGUUUGACUAUGAUAAUUUGAUAUUUAAUUAUCAUUUCUUAGGGUAUUUUAUCAUGUUUGGGCUUAUUGUUUUUGUGAUUGAAAUAUUAUUUGACCGAUAUAUCUGA